AUGACCAAGCGCCAUCAGCUAGAGAUUAAAAUCAAUUACAUUGCUAAUCUUCACGCGCUUGGAUCUAAUUAUGCGCUCCAAUGUAGUGUGUGUGAGGUUAUCGGUUCUCUAGUGAUGUCGACCUAUGUAGACAUCUCUACUGUGUUCAAUUUCGACCACAGAGGUCAAUAUGUUGAAAUUUCCCCCGAUAGAACGAAAGCUCGUCGUCAAAUAGGUUUUUGUGACGGGGUAGUUAUUUCUCAAAGCUUCAUCCGACCAGGCGAAGUGGUAGCUGUCGAAAUUACAGAAACACAGCGAGGUUGGACUGGGGAUUUGAGAGUCGGAUUCACUUUACUACCGGAUAACUUGCUCUUGCCUCUUCCCAGGUUUGCCCUACCUGCUUUGGUUUCUCCAGGUAGGAGUUGGAUUGUACCGGUUGGAACUGCUGUGGCCCUUCUCUUGUCGCAUCAUCAUCAAACUUACUGGAAACGACAGCAAUUAAAAUCUGGUCGUCAUUUGAGUAAAACCAAUAACAAUCUACCCACGUCGUUUGAUUCUGUCAAUAUGUUUUGCGAAAGACAAGUAGAUGUGCCCAGUAUGAACUCAAUCAGUGGUUUUAUCAAUAAUCCAAAUGUUCUGGUAACUAAUUCUCAUAUGGAUAAACAACCUACACAUCUACAAGUUACUCCUCCCUUCUUUUGUGUCUGUUGUCUCCAUACAAAGCGUGGUCGAGUACCACUGAGCCAACUAGUACCAAAUGAGCUAGAACUUGCGCGACCUCCUGAUGUCGAAAAAGGUAGUGUUAUAGCCAUCUACUAUGAACUGGAGCCACUACCUACAGAUGAUUCAUAUGAACAAUGUACAAGUCUUCCGAUAGAUGGAACUAUGAACAUACUUAAUGAUAUUAGCAAUAUUCCGUCUAUAAUACCAGAUGAGAAUUUACAGAACCUUUUGAGGUAUACUUUAAACUCUACCGAAAGUGAAGAGGAUUCAGAUACGGAAAAACUGCUUUUUCUUUUUCGGUUUCAUAUUGUUAUUAAUGGCAUCGACAUGAUUGCAAUAGCAGAAACAGUGGCUAUUUCACCAUCUGAUUUUGAAAAGAAUCUAAUCAGUGUGGACUCCUCAUUUUCACCUGUCAAUGGAGAUGCAAGCAGUAUCAAUUAUAGUGUGACUAACAGUACUAGUGAAACUCCUGAAUCAUUGCCAACUUCUGAUCUUCAUUCUUCCGAUAGUAUCCCUUCUUCCACACCGCGUAUGCGGGCUGUUUUUGAUGUUUAUGGCCAAACUAAAGCAAUUCAAUUGCGGUCGUUACAACAGUAGAAUAAAAAGGUGAAACAUAGCUAUACAAUCUGUGAUUUUUUAAAAAUAGACUUUGUACAUUUUACUUCAGUAUUAUAGUAUAAAUUAUUUCAGAAAUUUGAUCCCAGGUAUAGAAGUUAAGAAAGGUGAGUUUAAAAUUUUCUGUUAUUUUUAGUCAUCAAUAAUUGUAGGUUGCUAAGCCCGUAAAUAAGUGUAUCAGACAAUAAAUAUCAGGUGUAACAGUUAUAUUUCCUGUAUUAGUUGUCUAUUUUCCAGUCUACGAAGUACUUGCAAGAAACCAAUUCUAAAAUUAAUCACUAUUGGUAACUUCAUUCUUCGUAAACUCACCUCUAUUUCAGACUACGAUUGUGUCACAGGCUAUAAGUCGUUACACUUUCACUUUAUAUUUUUCCAUAGGAAGGAUUUUUAGUAUUAAGAAAAGUCUUCAGAUUCUACAUAGAGAGAGUGGCGUCGUAAUGUUUGAUGCUUCCGAGUUACCUACCAUAUCUUCGUCAUAUACUGUUGGAAGGGAUGGUAUGUCAUAAGUUGAAUUAACAGUAUUAUAUGGGAAACUAGGUCUUCUAAUCUUCAUUUAAUGUAAACUCUAUUUUAUAUGGGAGUCAUGAACUGAAUUCUUAUGUUUUCAGGUUUUAAAAUUCAUGUUUGGUCUAUUGCUUGAUAUGAAUGCCCAUAUUUCAAGUUGCGAAACGUACCGUUGAAUAUUCAAUGUCGAACUAGGUCUUCUUAAUAAUCAUAUCUUAUACACUUAUAUUUUAACGAAACGAUGUGGAGUAAUGUUGAUGGAUCCCAUUUAAGAGUUUCUCACACGUACAAUCUGUUAGUCGCGACGUAGAACUCGGUACGUAUGUACGUCGGCUCAAAUCGCCAUACUCCAUUAGCACAGAGAGAUGAAAUUGUCAGGCCGAAUUCCAGUAUAGUGGAGGUAGUAAACGUAUCAGUGGUAAUAAAAAAGAUUAGGCAUCAAAUAUACAAUUCAAGAAAAU